GUGCUCAGAACUCAGAAGUCAGGUCACUCAUUGGGAAGGGGUGUUUUGGUAAAUGGGUGCUUAAUUUAGUGCAGUUGGGAACUCAGUUAGCUACCCAAAAGGCCCCCCAUAUCUCCACUGCAUGCCUAUAAAUUCAUUCAUUCUUCUUUUCAGCUUUCAACACCGUCCCUUGUGAGGUCCUCUCUCUCUCUCUCUCUCUCUCCUUGUGCAAUUUCUCGUGUAAUUUUCAUUGGAGCCAUGCCCGCUCAAGUAAUGCCUGAGAAAACAUUUCAAGGCCUUCAUGUCUGUGAAAGGGAAAACACUCCUCCAUCGCCUAAAAGGUUGGAGGGGAAAGUUGCAGUUGUCACAGGUGGUGCUAGGGGGAUUGGGGAGGCAACAGUAAGGCUAUUUGCAAAACAUGGUGCCAAGGUAGUCAUAGCAGAUGUCGACGCCAUCGGAGCUGCCCUUGCCAAAGCACUAGCCCCUUCGGUUACCUUCAUCCGCUGCGAUGUUAGCUCCGAAGAGGACAUCAAAAACUUGAUUGAAUCGACCAUUUCCCAUCACGGGCGCCUCGAUAUUCUCUUCAACAAUGCCGGGGUGCUCGGAAACCAAUCCAAGCACAAGAGCAUACUCGACUUUGACGUCGAUGAAUUUGAUCGCGUGAUGCGUGUGAAUGUAAGGGGAAUGGCACUAGGGAUUAAGCAUGCGGCACGUGUGAUGGUUCCCCAGGGUUUUGGAUGCAUCAUUUCCACGGCGAGCGUGGCCGGGGUCAUGGGAGGCCUUGGCCCGCACGCCUAUACUGCUUCGAAGCACGCCAUCGUGGGGCUCACGAAGAACACGGCGUGUGAGCUCGGGAGGUAUGGCAUUAGGGUUAACUGCAUUUCCCCAUUUGGCGUGGCCACCUCCAUGCUGAUUAAUGCAUGGAGAGACGAUGGUGAUGAUAAUGAAGAAGAAGAAUGCAUGCAUUUUAGGGUUCCUUGUGAGCAAGAAGUGGAGAAAAUGGAGGAGUUUGUGAGAGGACAAGCCAACUUAAAAGGUCCAACGCUAAGGGCCAAAGAGAUAGCUGAGGCUGCCCUCUAUCUUGCUAGCGAUGAAUCGAAAUAUGUAAGCGGUCAUAACCUUGUCGUAGAUGGAGGGGUUACCACCUCAAGGAAUUGUGUUGGCCUGUAACUGAAAUUGCUCAUUUUCAUUUGAUGUGAUUUAACCUAAAGUUUUCAUUGAAUUUGUGAAUUAACGAUCUGACUUAUUAAAA